AAUUCGCGGAGCUCGGUAUCUACACGAGAUGAAGCCCUGCUUCCACGUAUUUCUCUUGUUUCUGUGUUAUGCAUAUCGUGCAGCUUGCGCUGCAGAUGGGGUAAUCGACUUGAUGCCGCUGGUGUUAAACGAACCAUACGCCAACGGCACAGUAAACAAGACUCUGUACCCUGUUUUGUUUGAUUCUUCGGCCGCCAACAUCAGUCGCAUUUUGAUGCAGCGUUUGCUCCGCAACGAAACAGCAAAUCUUCGUUUACAGCUUGCUCUUCCCUCGACUACUCAGACGGCCAGCAGCUUUCGGUUGAACCGCAUUCCAAGGAAUGGCCAAUGCAAGUCACUUUUCAGAGUCGACGUGUACCCGCUCCGACAUCAGAUUGUCUUCAUCUUUUGCAACGGCAAUAAUUCGAGAGAGGAGACGUUCUACUACGACCUCAAUCUAAAUGAGACAACAGAACUGUCGUUUGUGUUCGCAAAUGAUCAACUUGUAUUCUACAUCAACUGCUCUAAGAUAUACUCGCGCUAUGUCGCCAACGAUAGAGCCUUUCGUACUAACGACAGUGAUGAUACCUUGUUUGCUGCAUACUUCCUCUCGCGAGGGAACGGCACCACCGACCUUCGGGCUGCACAAGUCUUCUUCGACUCUGAGUGUGAUGACAUUUCACGUCAAUCUUUGAAUGAUUUAGAACAAACUAAAGACGGUUAUUCAAAUAUUCUUGCUAAUCAAAUUAGUAGCUUACACUCAUCUCUAAUGAAGUGGGAAGGAUGUGAAUGUGCAAAGUAUUGCAUGAGAGGAAGCGACAAAGUCAGUAACGGAUCUCAAUGGGACGUCGAACGUAAAACAUGUCAAUGUGUAAACGGAAGCAUUAUGUGCCAUUGCAGUAUUUCAACCUGCAACAAUGGCACGACAUUGUACCAAGACCCAAUCCACGAAUGCCCUACUUGUAAAGAUGGUUGUCUAUUCAGUGGAUCAAUGUACAAACACGGAGAGAAAAUGAUGGAUGGUCCAAUUCAAUGCAUUUGUGUGGAUGGUGAAUCGUCACUCUGUAGAGACACAAGACACAUGUAUGCAAAUCUUGAUAUUCCAUCAUCAGUGUUCAUACAACGACCAUCAGUUGAGCCAACACAAUCACAAGCACCAACAACACCAGUUACCUCCAAACCGUCUAAAAGUUGUGGUUUCUGCUGUCCUGCGUCAUAUCAGUGUCAUGAUCAGAUCGGUUACUGCGUGUGUAGCUGCUUGGGAUCCAAGUGUACUGAAUGUCAAGCCAAUGCUAUUGUACAUCCACUAAAUGGGAAAUGCAGCAACAUAGCAAAGACAUUCUAUCCGUUUCUGCCAAUUUACAAAUUGUAUCUCAACCAAUACGGUCUAAUUGAGUGAGUAUGAAAAUGCACGAGAAAUGAUGAGACUUAACUGCUGUCAUUCACUGUUGUAUGUCACUCUUUUAAUUAUUUAUGAAUUAAUGUAACCAAAUGAUGGAAAACAAGAUUCAAUCUGUCUGCUAAAGCUGAAAUUUGUUUAAUAUCAGAAUGCUGGAGGUCAUUAA